AUGUUGUCGAGGCGAGGAGCGCAAUGGGCAACAAUUGAUUUUGCUCAUGGGGAGCAAAACAGCUAUAACGCUGCCACUAACUCAAACGGUAUUGUUAGCUUUGCUAAUGCGGAAAAUUGGCUAAUGCAUGAUGACCUUGCGGGUUUCAUAAAUGAACAUAACGACUUUGAUAAACGAUGCUGCGCUUACGGGGAAGGGUAUACCGGCACAUUGCGUCUCAGACGAGCGAUGGCUGCGCACUUAAAUGCUCAUUUCCACCCUGCCAACAAUAUCAGUCCCGACGAAAUCACCUUCGCGGCUGGAGUGACCUACCUUAAUGAGGCAUCCGCACUGAUUCUUUGCGAUCCGGAUCAAAAUGAUGCUAUCAUGCUCGGACGGCCGGUAUACGGGGCUUUCGCUAGGGAUCUUGCCAUGAGAACCAACAUACACUUGGAAUAUGUAUCAGUGGGUGAUAUGGAUCAGUUCUCCCCAUCUUGCAUCACCAGUUUUGAUGCCGGGUUCGAAGCUGCAAAAGCACGAGGAAUCAAUAUAAAGGCUCUCAUGAUAUGUAACCCGCAUAAUCCCCUAGGGCGGUGCUAUUCUCAUGAGACACUUGUUGGGUUGCUGCGUCUCUGUGCCUCGAAGGGAAUUCAUCUCAUUAGCGAUGAGAUAUACGCACUGUCUGUUUACGAGCGCCAUGACCGCGAGUCAGAGACUUUUACAUCGGUCCGAGCAAUAGACCCUACCGGGAUCAUUGACUCGAGUCAGGUUCAUGUUUUAUACGGCAUGUCAAAGGACUUUGGAGCUGGCGGAAUGAGACUGGGAUGCGUCAUAUCCCAGAAUGAAGAUCGCUUUUCGUCGCCAUCCCAAUUUUCCAUGGAUUUAGCCGCCAAAUUCCUCGAAGACCAAGAGUUUGUUGCGAAGUUCCUGCAAAGGUCGCAUCACCGUCUGCUCCAAAGUAGAUUACUAGCGGAGGAUCUCCUCUCCCGGGAAGGCAUUGGUUAUUCUCAGAAAGGGAACGCAGGCUUCUUUCUAUGGCUAGAUUUGAGCGCUUUCCUCCCUCUCCAUGAAACUCAUGGGGAUGGCUGGGCUGCACAACGGCUGCUCACGGACCGCUUCAGCAAGGCUGGUGUCAUAAUGUCUACCGGUGCGGAAUAUCGAGCGCCAAGUCCGGGGAGAUUCCGCUUAGUGUUUUGCGUCGACCCGGACACUCUGAGGGAAGGCAUUAAAAGAAUUUCACGCGUUCUGGCACGGUGA